AUGGCCGCGUCCGGGGUCCUGUCCCGCCCGGCAGGAGUGGCAUCGGUGGCGCUGGUGGCCCUGGUGGCGCUGGUGAUGCUGGGGGCGCACUGCGCUGCGGGCGUGGGCAUGGGCUCUUGCUACGACGGCGCGGGACGCGCACAGCGCUGUCUGCCCGAGUUCGAGAACGCCGCGUUCGGCCGACGCGCCGAGGCCUCGCACACGUGCGGACGGCCCCCCGAAGAUUACUGUCCGCACGUCGGGGCGCCCGGCGUGGGGCCCCAGUGCCAGCGCUGCGACGAUGCCGACCCCCGGCGACGCCACGACGCCUCCUACCUCACAGACUUCCACAGCCCGGAUGACAGCACCUGGUGGCAGAGCCCAUCCAUGGCCUUUGGGGUGCAGUACCCCACCUCAGUUAACCUUACCCUGCGCCUAGGGAAAGCCUAUGAGAUCACCUACGUGAGGCUGAAGUUCCAUACCAGCCGCCCCGAGAGCUUUGCCAUCUACAAACGCACGCGCCCCGGGGGCCCCUGGGAGCCCUACCAGUACUACAGCGCCUCCUGCCAGAAAACCUACGGCCGCCCUGAGGGGCACUACCUGCGGCCGGGUGAGGAUGAGAGGGUGGCUUUCUGCACCUCUGAGUUCAGCGACAUCUCCCCGCUGAACGGGGGCAACGUGGCCUUCUCUACCCUGGAGGGCCGUCCCAGUGCCUACAACUUUGAGGAGAGCCCUGUGCUACAGGAGUGGGUCACCAGCACCGACCUCCUGAUCUCUCUGGACCGGCUUAACACAUUUGGGGAUGACAUCUUCAAGGACCCCAGGGUCCUCCAGUCUUACUACUAUGCUGUAUCUGACUUCUCCGUGGGUGGCAGGUGCAAAUGCAACGGUCAUGCCAGUGAGUGCGGCCCCAACGAGGCUGGUCAGCUAGCCUGCUACUGCCAGCACAACACCACGGGUGUGGACUGUGAGCGUUGUCUACCCUUCUUCCAGGAUCGUCCCUGGGCCCGGGGCACCGCAGAGGAUGCCAACGAGUGUCUGCCCUGCAACUGCAGCGGCCACUCUGAGGAGUGCACGUUUGACAGGGAGCUCUUCCGGAGCACGGGCCACGGCGGGCACUGCCGUCACUGCCGUGAGCACACCGCCGGGCCGCACUGUGAGCGCUGCGAGGGGAACUAUUACAGAUGGAGCUCGAGGACGCCGUGCCAACCCUGUGACUGCCACCCAGCAGGCUCCGUCAGUCUGCAGUGUGACCACUCGGGCACCUGUACCUGCAAGCCCACAGUGACGGGUUGGAAGUGUGACCGCUGCCUGCCUGGGUUCCACUCACUCAGCGAGGGUGGCUGCAGACCCUGUACCUGCAAUGUUGCUGGCAGCUUGGGCCCCUGUGACCCCCGCAGUGGGCACUGUUCCUGCAAAGAGAACGUGGAAGGCAGCCUGUGUGACAGAUGCCGCCCUGGGACCUUUAACCUGCAGCCCCACAACCCGGCCGGCUGCAGCAGCUGCUUCUGUUACGGCCACUCCAAGGUGUGCGCUCCUGCUGCCGGGUUCCAGGCACACCACAUCCUCUCAGACUUCCGCCGUGGAGCUGAUGGCUGGCGGGUCAGAAGCAUGGAGGUGUCAGAGCGUCCUCCACAGUGGAACCAGAGUGGGAUCCUUCUGGGCCCGGAAGGAGAAGAGGAACUCUUGGCACCAGAGAAGUUCCUGGGAGACCAGAGGCUCAGCUAUGGACAGCCAGUCGUACUGACCCUCCAAGUGCCCCCUGGGGCCGCCCCACCUCCUGUGCAGCUGAGGCUGGAGGGGGCAGGUUUGACUGUGGCUCUGAGGCCCUCCAGCCCACCCGGCCCUCAGGACACCAGGCAACCGGGACAAGUUCAGCUCUGGUUCCUCCUGCAGGAGACCUCUGAGGAGGCAGAGCCCCCGCUGCCCACCUUCCACUUCCAGCGCCUGCUUGCCAGUCUAACUGCUCUGCACAUCCGGACCAGCAGCCAAGGCCCGGGUCCCGCUGGCCCGGUGUUCUUGUUUGAGGUCUGGCUCACGUCGGCCCGGCCCCAGAGAGGACUUGCCCCGCCGGCCCCUUGGGUGGAGGCCUGCCUGUGUCCCCAGGGAUACACAGGCCAGUUCUGCGAAUUUUGUGCUCCCGGAUACAAAAGAGAGACACCUCUUGGGAGUCUCUACACCAGUUGCAUCCCCUGCACCUGCAACCAUCAUGGCACCUGUGAUCCCAACACAGGGAUCUGCCUGUGUGGCCACCACACCGAGGGCCCUUCCUGUGAGCGCUGCAUGCCAGGUUUCUAUGGAAACGCCUUCUCAGGCCAUGCCGAUGACUGCCAACCCUGUCCAUGCCCUGGCCAAUCAGCCUGCACAACCGUCCCAGACAGUGGCGAGGUCGUGUGCACACACUGUCCCGCUGGCCAGAGAGGACGACACUGUGAGAACUGUGAAGAUGGCUUUUUUGGGGAUCCUCUUGGGCUCUCCGGAACUCCCCAGCCCUGCCACCGGUGCCAGUGCAGCGGGAACGUGGAUCUCAAUGCUGUGGGCAACUGUGAUCCUCAUUCUGGCCACUGCUUGCGCUGUCUGUACAACACAACCGGGGCCCACUGCGAGCACUGCCAGGAGGGUUUCUACGGGAGCGCCUUGGCCACAAGGCCCUCGGACAAAUGUGCUCCCUGCAGCUGUGACCUGAGGGGUUCAGUCCGUGGGAAGACAUCCUGCAACCCAGUGACCGGCCAGUGUGCCUGCCUGCCUCAUGUCACCGGGAGGGACUGCAGCCGCUGCAGCCCCGGCUUCUAUGACCUCCAGUCUGGGAGGGGCUGCCAGAGCUGUAAAUGUCAUCCACUUGGCUCCUUGGAGAACAAGUGCCACCCCCAGACCGGCCAGUGCCCCUGCCGACCUGGCGUCACAGGCCAAGCCUGUGACAGAUGCCAGCUGGGUUUCUUUGGCUUCUCCAUCAAGGGCUGCCGGGACUGUCGGUGUUCCCCACUGGGUUCUGCCUCCUCCCAGUGCCAUGAGAACAGUACGUGUGUGUGCCGGCCCGGCUUCGUGGGCUAUAAGUGUGACCGCUGCCAGGACAAUUUCUUCCUCGUGGAUGGUGGCACGGGCUGCCAAGAGUGUCCAACCUGCUAUGCCCUAGUGAAGGAGGCGGCAGCCAAGCUGAAGGCCAGGCUGAUGCAGAUGGAGGGUUGGCUGCAGGGGUCUGACUGUGGCAGCCCCUGGGGACCACUGGACAUCCUGCAGGAAGAAGCCCCUCGGGGGGCUGUCUACCAAGGUCACCACCCAUACCAAGAGGCCUGGGGGCCCUUCCUGGAGCAGAUGGCGGGCCUGGAGGGUGCCGUGAAGGCCGUUCGGGAGCAGGUGCAGAUGCUGAGAGGGAGGGCCCACUGUGCCCAGGCUGAAGCUCAGAAGACCUGCGUCCAGAUGUCGGAGCUGGGGGAGACAUUGCAGUCCUCAGAGGAGGAGGUCCUACGAGCAGCCUCGGCUCUUUCCUUUCUGGCAAGUUUUCAGGAAGGAUCCAUCCCACCUACAAAUUGGAGCCAUCUGGCAUCAGAGGCCCACGUCCUUGCCAGGAGCCACAGGGACACAGCCACCAAGAUCGCAGCCACUGCACAGAGGGCCCUGCUCGCCUCCAACGCCAGCCGCGAGCUCCUGUGGAAUCUGCUGAAGGGGAGAGUGGCCUCGGAGGUCCAGCAAGAACUGGAGGACAGGUACCAGGAGGUGCAAGCAGCUCAGACUGCUCUGGGCACAGCUGUGACAGAACUGCUGCCCAAAGCUCAGGGGGCACUGGCCAUCUCAAAGCGCGAUAUUGGCGACACGGCCCCACAUCUGGUCCCGCUGGUCAUCCCUGGAGCAAUGCCUCAGAAUUCCCAAGCCAGGGACCUGGACCGGAGAGUGAAGGCCCUGGAGCGGAAGCUGGAGCAGAAGGAGCGCGAGGCAGGCCAGGCCGUGGGAGCCCUGCAGGUGGAGGCUGGGAGAGCCCUGAGGAAGAUGGAACCCUUCGUGCAGCUACGCUAUGAGACCUCAGCUGCCCUGACACAGGCUUCCUCAGCUGUCCACGCUGCCACAGUGACGGUCAUAGGAGCGAAGACCCUGCUGGCUGACCUAGAGGGCAUGAAGCUGAGGUUUCCUCUACCCAAGGAGCAGGCAGCACUGAAGAGGAAAGCAGGCACUAUCAGGACUAGGCUCCUGGAGGAAACGAAGAGGAAGACCAAGCAGGCAGAGAGGAUGCUGGGAAAUGCUGCAUCUCUCUCCUCCAGUGCCAAGAAGAAAAGCAAAGAAGCAGAACUGAUGUCCAAGGACAAUGCCAAGCUCACCAGAGCUAUGCUGAGAGAAGGGAAGCAAGGUUACCGUCAUGCCAGCCGACUCGCCAGCCAGACCCAGGCCACACUCCGCCAGGCCUCUCGCCUGGUUCUGAUCUCAGAAGCACGCAGAAGGGAGCUGGAGGAAGCUGGGCAGGUGGCCUCUGGGCUGAGCACUGUGGAGCACCGGAUCAGAGAGUCUAGAGUCUCCUUGGAAAAGGACACCAAGGUCCUGUCAGAGCUGCUGGCCAAGCUGGGGUCCCUGGGUGUCCACCAAGCCUCUGCUCAGACCCUGAACGAGACCCAGCGGGUGCUAGAAAGCUUGAAGCUGCAGCUGGGUUCCCAUGGGGCCCUGCAUCGCAAACUGAGGAGGCUGGAGGAAGAGUCUGCCCGGCAGGAGCUGCAGAUCCAGAGCUUCGAGAGCGACCUGGCCGAGAUCCGAGCUGACAAGCACAACCUGGAGACUAUCCUGAGCAGCCUACCUGAGCACUGUGCCAGCUAGGCCCUGGCACGCUCUCCCCGCUCCCCACAGGGGUCCCAGGUCUGCCUGUUGUGAGCUCCUGUGAAUGCCCUCACUUGUUUGCUAGUGUAUCUAGACUCUUCGGUCUGAGCAGCAGGAGUGAAUACAUGUGGCUCCCCGGGUGGCCUUGUGUGUAGCUCUCAGUCUGUGCUCCUUGCACACGCAUCGGCAUCCACACCCCAGUGUAAGAGGCAUGUCUGCGUUUGCACAGAUGUGGGCGUGUGCAUGCGUAAUGCACUUGUAUGUUCAAGAUCACCUUGUGCAUACACACACAUGACAGUCUUGAGCUGUCAAGAGGCAGCCCUGAGCCUGGACACACUCAACAUCCCGAGUGAGUCCUGUUAUGACAAAUUCUCUUUGGGGCUGACAUAUCUACAAUCCGCCCUCCAGAAAGCAGGGCCCAAACAGGGGUGGUACCCUCUGAGGCCGAGAGGUUAUCCACAGAGAUCCUGAGAAGACUCAGAAAGUCCCGCACCCGUGGUCACAGAGCUGGCCCCGGGCCCGCUGUGCUCCCCCAGGCCCCAUUGCUCCCUCAACAGCUCCAAGAACUGAGGUGCCAGGCAGAUCGAGAAAUGCCAAGAUUGUAACAGGAUUCUCAGAAGUAGCAUCUAAGGUCACAGUGUGGUCAGGGAGGCCCACAGGCCAACGCACAGACGUCAUUGUCUUUUGUGAACACUUCCCUCCAGGGAUCGGAUCUGCAGCUGUCUCACUGAGGGAAGUACCUGACCCAUCCUCUCCUUCAAUCCCCUGAUCUACCUGAAGAACCUGGUUCUUCAGGGUGUGGGUCACGAGGCCUCACACAGGCACCGGAAAUAGCCCUUUGUGCCCUGCUGACCUGGUUAUCCUUUGAUUGACAUUUCUCAGACUGGCCCUCUGAGCCCCACCUGCCGUGAAGUAUGCCACAGGGAUGGGGAAGCCAGGCUGUCAUUCUAGGCCAGCUGCCCAUGGCUGCCUCUUCCCAGAAACCCCUGGCAUUUCUUCCUGAUGUUCCCCCUCUUUCUUGGAGCUCUUUUAGCACGCACAGCAGGGCCGAGGCCCUGGGGUAACAGCCACCUUUGCAAGCCCUGUCCGUUCCCCGAACUGAUGGCGAUGUGGACCGAUUCUGAUUAUGAAGAAAUAAAGGGCCCUUUUCCGA